AAAAUCGAAAAACGAACAAACCAGCUAUGAAGUGUGAACUGUGUUUGAAGUGUAGAUCUGUGUAUAAAGCUACUUUAAUCCAGUGUUGGAGCUGGAGUUUUGAUUUAAAAACCAGUAACUGUGGACUUUGACUCGUCUAGGUCAUUUUGGUUACACUGCAAUGAGGAAUUCAAAGCAGGAAGUUUCAGGAUUAUGUGCACUUUGACACACGAGGGACUGCGGUGAGACUAAAUCAGUGAGAGAGAGAGAGAGAGGGAGAGAGAGAGAGAGUGGGAGGGACGACUCCUGAGUCAGGACAGUGACGAAGGUUCAAUUUUCACAUGACUCAGAUACUUCUUGGUAAAUGACUAAACAUAGAGCUGAAAAGUCUGUGGAGAGAAAACACACUUCAGAGUGGAUUACCUACAAUGGAUAACUAAACAUGCCCUCCAUGCCAGUGUACAGUUUGAGCCAGGAUAACAAGUUAAUCUCCAGCCUAAGGUUGUGAUGGGGAGGAAGUCACAACUUGUCUGACAAGGUUUUCACGCUGUUCCCAAAGAAAGAUAUUUGGAGAAAAAUGCUGUAGCACUCAUAUCUUUCAAUCAGACCGACCUCGGGCAAAAUGUUUCUUCCUGGAUGGUCUGUUUGCUGUAUUUUACUGACUCUUCGUGUGUCAGCCUGUGUUUCUGAGAUUUCUGAAAAUGAUGACCCUGAAGUCAAUUGCUCACAGGGUCUCUUUGAUUGCAUCAGGAAGAAUGUGAGUCCCCUUAGUGAAGCAGAGAAUGAUGCUGUGGAUGUCCAAAACCUGACAGCACAUUUCAAGCUCUGCUGCAAGGACAGAGCGCAGUGUAUACUAUGUCUGGUGAUAGACACAGGAAUCAACAUCAAUCUGAAUAAAACGAUGGAGAAUGAAGACCACUCUGGCGAUGAUGAUGAGGAUUAUAGUGAGGAAACGAGGAAUCCAAAAGCGUCUGUGACAGUGUGUUACAAAGCAGCACCUACCAUGCCCACAUGCAAGAAGGUGGAGUUUACGGUUAAUCACACCGCUCCUUAUCGGGAUAUACAGGCAAAGAUUUCCAUGGUGAUUACUAAACCAGCUGGGAUUACCUUCAGCAGUCAUGUGAGGGUUUAUUCUAAACCAUCAUAUAGAACCCAAGAUGUUGUUGUUCCUUCUCUAAAUGAAGUGUGCUCCCAGGAGCUGCAGGAGCGUGUCGAAGAGUGCCAUGUUCCUAAACUGCGCAGUGUAAUUAACCAAAAGAUGAAUCGGGUCGAGCUGCAGUCUGUUGACAGCAAUAAGAGCUUCCCCUCUGUGUGUGUCCAGUAUGAGAACAAUGGAAGAUGUCAGAAGUUGGACAGGACGACCAUCCCACUGUAUUCUGUGACCCGCUGCAUGUGUUUUGAGGUAUGGGAUGAGAAAGAUGAGAGGUUGAGGCGCUCUCAAAGCUGUCCCUUCAUUAACACAACAAAGUCUGAAGACAUCCAAAGGAACCUGUGGCAGAAUGUGUCAGUGUCUGUAGGCCAAGGUCAAACAAACGACUACCUCUCAAUGCUGUGGUGGAACCUGUCUGCCCCCUGCAGGCUGGAGGGUGAAGUGUGGCCUUGUCACAAAGAGAGCAGCUGCAGGGAGAUAAAGGGCUUUAAACAACAGCUGACAAAUGAGACAUGGAUACAAAACAAAAAGGGAAAGUGGGAGAAACAUGGGGUGUUUGAAGAAAUCGACCUUCAGCUCUCACCAUGCGUGAUGGUUAAAGUAAAAGGGAUGGCACAUGACCUGGGUCCAUUCUGUUUUAAAAACACUGACAGGUGGCGCUGGAGCCUGCUGGUUGUUGGUGUUAUGCUGCUGAUUUGCUUGACUGUGCUUAUAUUUUAUCUCUUUCAUGACUUUGUUAAGAAAUGGGUGUGGAGCUGGCAUCAUGGCAGAUUUGUAGAGAUUGGAAGAGAGCAACUUCAUGUGGUGUUGCUGAGCCCCCCAGAUGUGGACGAUGGUGUUUCAGAGGCAGUAUGUCGGCUCGGCUCCCUGCUCUGUAACCAGGGCUUCAGUGUGUCAGUGGACCAGUGGUGCAGGAAGGAGCAAUGCACUCUGGGGCCUCUGCCAUGGCUGCACUCCCAGCUGCCAGAGCUGAACAGCCAGGGAGGACGAGUUGUGCUCGUCUUGACCCGCAAAGCCUUGGAAAAAGUUGAGGAAUGGUCUCAACAGCACAAAGAGGGUAUAAAGACCAAGGGGGAAGACAAGGGUCUCUUUCAGAUUGCGUCCCCUUACUCUGACGUGUUCACGGCCUCCCUGUGCAUCAUACAAGCAGACAAGCAGCUGGGCAGAGCUGGAGAACAUUUUCUACUGGUGAAAUUUGACUCCCAUCCACGCAUUGACAGGAGAGAGCUACCAGAGCUUCUUCAGGGGCUGAUGUUGUUCCAGCUUCCCUCUGAGACCCAGGCUCUCUUGACUGAGCUCACUGUGGGAGGGACAAGGAGGGGGUCCGGUGGAAGGACAUGGACAGGGUGGAAAUGGAGUGCCUCAGAUGGAUGGAGAGCAAAGACUAAAGAGGAACCGCACUGUAAAUAUGUUGGAGUUCAGAAAAACUUUGAGACAAAGCCUUUGAAACGUCCAUAAAUCUUUUUUUUUACUGAUCAGUAUUGUUGCUCUGUGCAUAUGAAGGACAUAAAAAUUGUGGAUGAGUUAAAUAAAGGACACCAUUUAGUGCUGGAUAACAAUAA